UCUGCUUCCUGCUCCUGUUGUCUGUGUUGUGUGCCCGACUCCUGGGCUCCGGGAUCCCUGGCCCUUUCCUUCUCACGGUCAUGGCCACCGCCCCAGGACUGCCCAGGGUCCCAAAAUCCAAGCCAUCCCUCCCCUCUCACUACUAUGAGGGUUUCCUGGAGAAGAAGGGACCAAAAGACAGGGACUAUAAAAAGUUCUGGGCUGGCCUCCAGGGUCUCACUAUCUUUCUCUACAACAGCAACCGGGAACCCCAGUAUGUGGAGAAGGUGGACCUGAGCAACUUUUUGGCACUGACAGACGAGCCCCCAAAGGGCAGCUGCACUAAGGACCCCGGCACUCACUUCUGCCUGUCAUUGGAAGGUCAGGAGAUCAGAUUCAAGGUGGACAGCCUGGAGUCUCGGGAGAUGUGGAAGGGUUUCAUCAUGACAGUAGUAGAGCUGAAGGUCCCGUCCAACCUGACCCUGCUGCCGGGACACAAAUACAUGAUGGCUGAGGCCCUGACCAAGGAAAAGGAUCGCCGGGCCCAGGAGAAACCCUCCUGCUUUCUGAACGUGAGCCGGGUAGAGGCGCAGCUGCUCCUGGAGAAGUACCCGGACUGCGGGAACAUGAUUCUGCGGCCCGGGAGCGACCGCUCGGGAGGCUUCUCCAUCACCACCCUCCAGACGCUCAAUGGGGCCGAGGUGGUGAGACACUACAAGGUGAAGCGCGAGAGCCUCGGCUACGUCAUCGACGUGGAGGAGCCGGUCUCCUGCUGUUCUCUCCAUGAUGUAGUGAACUACUUUGUCUCCAGCACUAAGGGGGCUUUGGUCCCCUUCUACCCAGACGAAGACUAUGAGAAGGUCUUGGGCUUUGUGGAGGCCAACCAGGAGAACGGAGAGAACACAUGGACAGUCCCCAAGCCUCCGGCCCCCUGGGUGCCAGGUACAUCUCAUCCUCUGGGUCCUUCUCUCUCUGGAGGAGAAGCUCAACAGAUCCAGCAGCUGCCUGGCCCAGGAAAGCCCCCCUGGUUGCCCACACCUCUGCCACCCGUGCCUGCUCAGGAUGAGAACUACAUUAUCCCUAUCAGUGAUGAGCCCACCACCCAAUAUGUGAAUGAAGAUGAAAUGGCCCAGCUCUGCCGCCUGAAGGCUCCUGCACUGCCCCAACGCCUGCUAGCUGCCCCUAAGGCCAAGAAACCAGGGAAGCCACUGCCCAGAGUGCCCCCCGUGCCCAACAAGACCAAGACAGAGCCCAGAGGCCUCUGUGGGCCCAGGAAAGCUGCCCCCGGCUCUUCCCAGCCCAAGGUUCCUUUUGGCCUGUCUAUCUCCACAGAUAUUACUGAGGAACUGGAAAGGAAGCUGCAGCAGAGAAGAGCCAACCUGGAGAAGUGACAGCUGCCAGACACCUGGACGGGCCCUCGGACCAGUGGGGGCAGGCCCUCCUCUGGGCCCUGACUCCAGGGGAUGCUGCCCAGGAUGCCUCCUCCCCCCUUUCACUCCUUCCAGUUUUAGCCCUUUAGUAGGGGGGCACAUCUGGAGCCCCACCUCCUGUAGGGACACCCCCCCACAUGGAUAUUAAAGCUAAAGAAAAGAAA